GUGGCCCAAAGGAAUUUCAGUGAGUGUCGAGCCGUAGCCUUGGAGUGGUUGGAGCCCAAACUGAAUGCUGACCUCUGAAGCAUGCAUUGAACCCGACCGAAAACCCCAACGUUUGUGGACUGUCUGAAGCGCGGGGCUGGCGAGGGCAAGAGGAGCCAUGAUUACGGGUCCGGAAUCGAGGCAAACGCAUAGGUUGUUGGACCUGAAGAAGCAGCAAUGGGCCAAGGAGAGAGAGGAAAUCGCACGCAUGGACGAGAUCUACCAUCAUCAUCAUCAUCAGCAGCAGCAGCAGCACACAUCGCACCACAAGAUCGAACGCACUUCGAUACGCACCUACUACUCGAAUUUGGAUCUCAGCCAGACAUCGACAUCGAAUCAGACGUCCAGUCAGUCGAGGCGACGCCUGCCGCCACCGCCACAGCAACACCAGCAGCAGCAGCAGCAGCAGGAUAUGCAAUUGAUCCUGCGACAGGCACCAGCAGUCGCCCAAGACUAUCGCCAUGUUGGCGGAUAUCUGAAUCAAUUGGAGCGCUAUAUCGAGGAUCUGGAUGUGGAUGCCGAGGCAGACUUUGAGGACGAUGAGGAGUCACUGUACAGGCGCACUGUGCGGCGGGGCAGCUACGCGCCGGGCAUGACCAGCAGCAACACGCGACAGAUGCAAAUGGGACCGGCACGCUAUGUGGAGAUGAUGAUGCCACCCACAUCGCUGCAGACGGCCAAGGGAAGGAUGCAGCACUCCCAACAGGGGCAGCAGUCCCAGCAGCAAGGGCAGGGGCAGGCGUAUCACUUGCCACAGCAGCAACAGAACUUGCAGCAGGGGGUCUAUUUGCAGCAACAACGUCUGAGGAGUCCCAGUUUGCCAUCCAUUCGCAGGCAGAGGGUGAGGCAUCAGGAAAAGGCGGCCAAUCAACCUGGCAACAAUAACAUGCCGAAUGGCAAGCCAAACGACAUUGAUCCUGGCAACCAGCCAGGACAUGCACAUCGAUCAAACAACAACAAUCCUCCGCCGCCUGGAGCUGCUGCUGCUCCAGCAGGCAUUGGUUGCCAGGAAGAGGACACCUCUGGGUAUCUGAGCGACAACACGCCCCCCAAGAACAACAACAACAGCAGCAACAACAACAACAACACACACACGCCCGACAUUUGGUUCAACGAUGGAGCCAGCCAGAUUGAGAGCAUUAGUGGCAUGGGCAGCGCCAGUGUCGUGGAGGAGCGCGAAACCCUUCCAUUGGGAAUGGGUGUGGCUGUGGGUGUGGGUCGACGUCUACUUCGAUCGAUACAGGGCGGAGGAGGAGCGGCAGCAGCAGUGCCACUUGGUGGGGGCAAGGGAAAUGCAUAUGUCAUCAAGGAACGACGACGUGUGGCAGGACAGGGACAGGAACAGGCACAGGGACAGGAACAGGGAUACGAACCGCUGGCAAACGAUGGCUACCUGGCCGAUGGCUGCUGCUACAUGGCUGAGCCGCCCAGCUCCUCCAACAUGAGCAUCAGUCGGGAUGUGUCCACCUCCAACACGUACCAGGUGCAGGUGCAGGGCGGAGGCGGAGGAGGAGUCGCAGGCAGCGACUACUACAUACACGAGCAGCACGAACAGCACGAGAGAGAGCGAGAGCGUGCCCGGUGGGCCAAUCAGCAGCAACAGCAGCAGCAGAUGCCACCGCCGCCUGGCUGGCUGAAUCGUGGCAUGCACGAUCUGAAGGAUGGCAGCGAGGAUGAUGUGCAGUCGAUGCAGUCAUCCUCGACGUAUUUGAGGGGCCAGAAUGCCCCACUGGAUGCCCACACGCUGGCCGAGCGCAUGGACAAGCGACGGAAGGCAUCGGAGUACCACAAUGCCAUCAAGAAGCAGCUGCACGAGCGGGAGAUGAUCAGGAAAUGGGAACAGGAGCGCCAUCGCCAGGAGGAGCAGCUCGAAGAGGAGCGUCUGAGGCGCCAGAAGCAAAUGGAUCAGGAGCGUGUCGCGUACGAGCGGCGCCAGUUGCUGGAGCGGGAGGAGGCGCAGCAGAAGAAGCAGCAGGCGAUGCUGGAUGCCAUAGCCAAGGCAGAGGUGGCGGCCCAAAUGGAGAAGCAACAGAAGCGCAAGAAGCCACAGCAAAGGGAGCCCAAGGAAGGCCAGGACAGGGGCGAACUGCUGCGCGUUCAGUCUGUAGAGGAGGAGGAAGAGGAGGAGGAGACAUCCCAUACUCCACGCGGGGCACCGCCAGUGGCAGCAGCAGCCCCACAAGCGGCUGCCCCACAAGCAGCAGCUCCACCGCCUCCUGUCAUUGCCGAGGAGAAAGUGCUGAUUGGAACGCCGAUCAAUCUGCGACGAACCAUCACGAAACCCAUCAAAAAACCCGCCGGAGAGGAGCCGGAAAAGGAUAACCUGGCACUGCUGAUGCAGCCGGCCACACUGAUCCCGCUGCCCGUGACUAGCGAUAUUUUUGGGCUGCAGAGUGCCAUUGGGAAUCUGCAGAUAGCCACGUACUUGAUGCAGCCCCCCCAGCAGCUGCAGCAGAUGCACAUGCAGAUGCCCCCUUCGGCAGCCUCCUCCGCGGUUGUGGAGCAGACCUACUCGAAGGCCACAAUGACCCAAAGGACGGACACGUCCAUCUACACGGAGGAUGGCUACCAGGCGGAAGAGGAUCCCGAAGAGGAGGAGACCCUGACGACAGCUCGUUCGGGCCUGAUCACUGGCGCCAGCGGCGGUUGCUUCUCCCCCGACUCCCUGGAGGUGGAUGUGGCGCCCAGCGACAAGUUGGCGCUCAUUCCACUGCCCCAGCGACAGGCAGGAGCAGGAGCAGGAUCUGCAGCGGCAGAUGGCAGACUGAACAGCGAUGUGGAGACCCAAACGGAGCUGCCAUUGAACUGCGAUCUGUGCCUGUUCCACGACAACUUCUACAAGGUGCUGCUCAAGCGCGAGGUAUCCACCACAACCACCACGCAGACAUCCAAGACGCAGACGCAGUCCCCCAAGGAAUCGUCGGCGGCGGCAGCAGAGGCAGAAAAGGAUCACGAGACAACGACGACAACAACGACCACAACUACGACCACCUUCAAGGCCAAGAGCAAGGACAAGGACAAGUGCCUCAAGAAGAACCACAACAGCAAGGACAAGGACAAGGACAAGAUGGACGAUCGCCCCAAAUGGGGGGUCAAUCGUCCCAUCGUUCAGUACGUGAAAGCCAGCGAUCGGGAUCCCUUUUGUCUGCGCAAAAAGAAGAAUCAUCCUGCAACAGCCCAAGGGGCCAGCAAGCCGCCGCGCUCCCUCUCCAUGGACUCGCGCCUGGACUCGGUGGCCGUCGAUCAGCUCCUGGAUGCUUCAGCCACAAUGGCGCAGGAGCAGGAGCAGGAGGAUGGGGAGGACGUGGAGGGUUUCCUGCUGAAGGCCCGCAAUGUCUGCACGGAGAUACUGCCGAUCAAAACGGAUGAAAAGGGUCGCAUUUUCCUGAAUUUUCGCGAGGCCAGUGCCAUAAUGAACGAGGAUGAGAUCAAGGAUAAGCUGAGGCAAAAGUAUUUCAAUUUUGGGCGGAUACUGCCGCGUCGCAGCUGGGCAUCGGCCACACACAAUGGGCUGCCAUUUAGUGCAGCGGCGGUGGCAGCUCCAGCAGCACUCCCACUCCCGCACCCACUCCCACACCCUGCCACCAUUGUGGGGGACAUGGCAGAUGAUUGA